AUGUCACUGCCGUCUGACGAUGGAGGAGGAGGAGCCUAUCAGACGGCUGAGAGGAUUAGAUUUACGUCACUUCCAUCCUACGAUGGAGGUGGCUUCAGCUUCGUUAAGCCGAAUGAGAGUGGAGGUCUGCAGCUGGACCCCUCUCUAAAACCCCGUAGUGGCCUUAGGCAGAUCUCAAGCACUUAUGAGGCUCAGGAUGGUCUGGGAGGAGAUUUGGAGCAGUACAAUUCAAACAGGUUGGACCACAUCAAGGGCAAAUGUCUGGUCCAUUCAGGAUCUCCUGAGGUCUACCAGCUUAGACUGAAAAAGGAGAAUACUGGGCCUCUAACCAGACUGAUGCUCGGUGGAAAACAAGGAAAAAGUCCAAACAAAACCAUCUUACUUGUUGGUGAAACAGGAACAGGGAAAUCCACUCUGAUCAACGCUCUGGUCAACCACGCCAUGGGAGUGAGGUGGGACGAUGACGUCUGGUUUCAGGUCACUGAAGGUAGCAGUCAGUGCCAUAGCAAGUCAGCAGACGUGGUCGUGUACCAGAUCUGUGGUUUUGAAGGUAAAACUCUGCCCUACUCUCUCACCAUCAUCGAUACUCCAGGAUACGGAGACACCAAAGGCAUAGACCAGGAUGACAGGGUCAGUCAAAGACUGUUGGACCUGUUCCACUCAGAGGGAGGAGUCCAUGAGAUUAAUGCGGUGGGUCUGGUAGUGAAAGCCAGUGACAACCGUCUGAGUGACAGGCUGAGGUACAUCUAUGAUUCAGUGAUGUCUCUGUUUGGGAAAGACCUGGAGGAGAACAUCGUCUCCCUCGUCACACACUCAAAUGGAAGAACUCCUAAAAAUGUUCUGAGAGCUCUGGAGGCGGCAAACAUCCAGUGUGCCAAAGAUGAAAAGAAUCAGCCGAUCCACUUCCUGUUUGAUAACUGCCUUGAUGAAAACAGGACAGAAGACGUAGAAGUCCUUAAAAAUGCCCACAGAAUAACGAUGAAAGGAAUGAGACAGUUUGGAGAAUUUCUGAAUAAAACAGCAGCACAGAACCUGGAGAUGACGAUGAAUGUGCUUAAAGAGAGGAUAACACUGAAAGCCUGCAUCCAAAACCUGCAAGAAAGAAUCGAGUUUACAAAACAGAGAGAGAUCCAUCAGAUGCCGAAAUCUGAAAAAUGUUGGUGGCUGGGGGGGUCAAGCCUUUUGGAAACCCUUAAGAAGAAUACAGGAGAUCUCCAGAGGGACAGAGAUCAGUGGCUGGAGGAGUCCUACCAGCAUGUUGUCAAACUGGAGCAGAUCGCCCUGAACACCAAAUCACUGUCCACUCACAUCCAUCUGGACUUCCUGAUUGAGAAGAUGAAGGAGAAAGGAGACACAGAGAAGGUCAGGAGACUGGAGGAGAUGAAGAAAGGAGAGGAUGAGGGAACCAGAGCAGGACUGGGCUACAUGUUUGGUAGAGUUUAAACAGUUGAUCUUUGAGCAGUGAGAGUCCACAGUCAAACUAGACACUGACAC